GUGAGUGGGUGUGUGCUACUCUGAGCCUUAAAGAUAGGCGUUGGGCAGAUAGUGGUUUGUGUGGCUAUGAGAGGGAAAGGCGGGUUAAGUUAAAUGAAGUGAAAGACUGAGAAAGAAUCAUGUUACAUAGUGAACAUUACAACCAGAUAAAUAGCUAAAGGGGAAGCUUUGCACAACUGCUGUGAGGUCAGGGUGGAAUGAGAAAGUAAAAGCAUUAAUGUAGCAGCUGUUUGAGAGCAUGAGCGUUAGAUAGACAGCAUUUAAAAGAAAGAGGGAGAGGCAGAGAGAGAGAGAGAGAGAGAGAGAGAGUGAGAGAGAGAAGGAGAGAGAGAGGAGAAGCAGAAAACAAGACAGAGGAGAGGCUGCUUUUGUUUAGUAUCAACCUUGUUACUAAUCUUACUGAAAGCUUCCUGUGUCAGCACCAUGGGAAAGUCAGCCUCGAAGCAGUUUGCCAACGAGGUGCUGCAGUGCCAUAAUGAGUACAGAAAGAAGCACCAGGCUCCUCCACUGAAGCUGAGCAGCAAGUUGAGCAGAGAGGCUUCCCGUUAUGCUGAAAGUUUGGCCAGCACACGGAUCCUAAAACACAGUGUGGAGUCCAGUAGAGGGAGCUGUGGAGAGAACCUGGCAUGGGCCUCCUAUGACCAAUCAGGAAAGGAUGUGGCUGACCGCUGGUAUGAUGAAGUGAAACAGUACAACUUUAACCGUCCUGGAUUCUCCUCUGGCACCGGCCAUUUCACCGCAAUGGUGUGGAAGAGUACUAAUAAGCUUGGUGUCGGUAAGGCCAUUGCAUCAGAUGGCUCUUCCUUUGUGGUGGCCAGAUACUUUCCAGCUGGGAAUAUCACUAACCAGGGACACUUUGAGAACAACGUCCUCCCACCUUAAACCACAGCAUCCGCCUCCUAAAGAUGUCUAGGCCUCCCUAAGACUUGACUCAAGGCAAAAGGAAUUUAUUCUGUUUUCCAGGAAAGUCUGAAGUUAUCAGCCUUCACUGCUACGGAGAAUACUCAGGGGAGCACCACUUUUUGCCUAGCAGAGAGCCAUACCAUUAUCCUGUAUGGAAUUUAAAAGAUGAAAUGCACUCUGGCUUAAAGGAUAGGUUCACAAUUUUUCAAGUCUGUCUUAAAAUAACAGUCAGGUGCCCAUAUGAACUUUGAAACAUGAUUUGUUCUUACUGACCAUUAGAAGAUCCCAUGCUUACGUGAUGCAGGACAAAAUCCACAGUUGCUCUGAGCAAAAAUGUAUGUAAAAGUUCAUCUGAAGGUAAUAUGAGGCUUCCGCUGUCUGAGUUACUCAAAUAAAUUGGAUAUCUUCCACAGUUGCAGUCUUUUUAGUAAAAAUUUCCCUCUUUUUGUUUUGACUAUUUUCUUGUUUAGCUGCAGGAAGGAUCAUAACAAAAAAGGGACUUUGGCACUAAAAUGAUGGUAACUUAAAAAGGUUUUGAGUCAUUUGUACUAAUUUGGACAGCCGAAGCCUCAUUUUAGUUUCAACUAAAUGUUUUAAUACAUUUUUGCAGAGAGGGAGGACUGUGGAUUUUGGCCACCAUGACUUACAUUGACAGUGAAUUAUAAAGGGAUCUCUUAAUGGCCAGUAUGAACAGGAGGAAUGAUUACAGCAGGAAAAACAUUUGUCAUUGUUCAUUUGGACACCUGACUGUUGUCUUGGGACAGACUUGAAAAAUUGUGAACCUGUCCUUUAAAGUGCCAUGUUUAUGAUUUGAAAGGGGACUUGUGUGUGAUACAGUGUUAAGAGUGAAAGAACGACUACUGUUUGCUAACAAAACAUUUCCAGUGACCAUCUGGAUUGUACAGUCUUGAUUUUGAUAGUCAUUCACAUUGCCAGUGACAAUUUUUCAUUUAUUGAUGACAGUAAUUCCAUAUUUUCACACACUGAAAUGCAUCAUAGCCUCACAUCUGUAUUUGUGGGAACUAAUUUAGCUGAAGGGACAGGCAUCGCAUAUUUACAUGUGGAGUCAUUGCAUGUAAUUUAAAGCUGAUGACUCAACAGGCUUGGUAUGAGUUUGUGUUAUUGCAACCACUUGUCAAAGCAGAACCCUGCUGUCCCAGAUGUGUGUUUUGUACUCUAAUCAGUUUUGUACAAUAAAAGUGAUCGAUUGUCAUAAA